UUUCACUAUUUGUUAUUUUGUGCCAAACCCGGGUAUAAAGGGAUCGAUAUUUGCUGAUUUCCUUCCUUCCUUUGAGAAAACCAUCGUCUCCAAUCUCCAUUCAGGCAUCUUAUCUUUCCUUCUCUUCUUACCCUUCUUAUCCGUGUCUCUCUUCAUGCUCUCUUCUUGAAGUACCAUAUUAUUGGUUUUUCUUCAAGGGACCUAAGAGGGAGACAUGGACGCUGUUCUUCAGACGAGAGGGCUUCUCUCUCUGCCUACCAACCCCAGAAAUAGGGUUCUACAGCCAUCACAGGGCUUAAGGCAAAGAUUUUUCUCUCCAAAACCCAAAAUCCUUGGUGGGUCUUCUCUGUCAACCAAUGGGUUCCAGAAAUUUCAUGGCUUUUCCUCAAAACCUAAUGGCUUUAUCCAAAAGGAUAGAAAUUUGUUCAUCUGCAAGGCUGAAGCUGCUGCUGCUGCUGAUGGGCAGCCCCUAUACGGCGAAAUCGAAAUUGAUAAGCCAAAAUUCUUGGGUAUUGAGGUUGCUACCCUCAAGAAGAUUAUACCGCUUGGGAUGAUGUUCUUUUGUAUCCUCUUCAACUACACAAUCCUCAGAGAUACAAAGGACGUGCUGGUUGUGACAGCCAGAGGAAGUAGUGCAGAGAUUAUACCUUUCCUGAAAACUUGGGUAAAUCUCCCUAUGGCUGUUGGGUUUAUGUUGUUAUACACAAAAUUGGCUGAUGUUCUGCCCAAACAAGCUCUGUUCUACUCCGUUAUUCUCCCCUUCAUCGCCUUCUUUGGGGCGUUUGGAUUCGUUCUAUACCCUCUUAGCAACUAUAUCCAUCCUCAAGCAUUCGCAGAUAAGCUUCUUAACAUCCUUGGACCUAGGUUCCUUGGUCCGCUUGCUAUUAUGAGAAUCUGGAGCUUUUGUUUGUUCUAUGUCAUGGCUGAAUUAUGGGGGAGUGUGGUGAUUUCAGUGCUCUUUUGGGGGUUUGCCAAUCAGAUAACUACCGUUGAGGAAGCAAAACGUUUCUAUCCUUUGUUUGGAUUAGGAGCUAAUGUUGCCCUUAUAUUCUCUGGUCGGACAGUGAAAUACUUCUCUAAUCUGAGGCAGAACUUAGGUCCUGGAGUUGAUGGUUGGGCCAUAUCUUUAAAAGGGAUGAUGAGCAUUGUGGUGCUUCUGGGUGGUGCAAUUUGUCUCUUGUACUGGUGGGUGAAUAGAUAUGUUCCUCUUCCUACAAGAAGCAAGAAGAAGAAGGAGAAGGUCAGAAUGGGGACAAUGGAGAGCUUGAAGUUCUUGGUGUCUUCAAAAUACGUUAGAGAUCUUGCAACCUUGGUGGUUGCUUAUGGAAUCAGCAUUAACCUUGUUGAGGUUACAUGGAAAUCAAAGCUCAAAGCCCAGUUCCCUAGUCCAAAUGAAUACUCUUCUUUUAUGGGUGACUUCUCAACCGCGACGGGAAUCAUGACAUUCACGAUGAUGCUUCUUAGCCAAUUUAUCUUCAACAAAUAUGGAUGGGGAGUGGCUGCAAAGAUCACACCCACAGUCCUGCUUCUGACAGGAGUUGGAUUCUUUUCUCUCAUACUCUUUGGGGCUCCACUUGCGCCAGCCCUUGCACAAUUCGGAAUGACUCCUCUUCUUGCAGCUGUGUAUGUUGGUGCUAUGCAGAACAUUUUCAGCAAGAGUGCCAAGUACAGCUUAUUUGAUCCCUGCAAGGAAAUGGCCUACAUACCCUUGGAUGAGGAUACCAAGGUUAAAGGAAAGGCAGCCAUUGAUGUUGUUUGCAAUCCCUUGGGGAAAUCUGGGGGUGCACUGAUUCAGCAAUUUAUGAUCUUGACUUUCGGGUCCCUUGCAAAUUCGACUCCAUAUCUGGGAGGGGUGCUUCUUGUGAUUGUUCUUGCCUGGUUAGGAGCAGCCAAGUCCUUGGAUGCGCAGUUCACUGCAUUGCGCCGUGAGGAAGAGCUCGAGAAAGAGAUGGAAAGGGCAGCAGUUAAGAUACCAGUGGUGGCUGAAAAUGAAUCCGGGAAUGGUUCUCUUGGAAGCGGAUCGCAGCCACUGAGCGACUCAGCGAGCAUUCCAUCUGAAACACCAACUACUCGCAACAUUUAGAUACAUUCCUUUCUGCAAAAAUGUGAAGCAGAAAGAAGAGGAAGAACUUUGAUCAGUUUAGGUUAAAACUAUUUAUUUAUUGUAGGUUGAUACUAUGCUUAUAGAAUAAGUUAGUUUGUUGACUCUUCGGAGCGCUUUAAAUUUUUUUGCCUCACAUGUAUAAGUCGGCUUAUCCUGUUUUGUGGAGUCACAAUUAUUCUUAGUCAAAGGAAGAAUUUGCAUCCA